GAGGCCGAGGCGCCGGGUGGGGCGGCUGUUGCGUCGGGGUUCUGGUGACGCGAAGACACGCCUCCCUGACGUCCCGGGUUCCCUGAGCCCCUUUCCUCUCAGCCUUUCGCCGCUUCGCGCUCGUGGGAGAGUCCCGCCUCUUCCCCGGGCGCACCACCCAGGGCACUCCGUGUGCUCAGCCCCGCCUCUGACGGAGGCCGAGGCGGAGGGUCAGAAUCCGGAAGAAAAACAAGCCGGCGAGCGUGAGCUGACCGGGACCUGCUGCCUGACCGGGAUUCAUCGGGCCGGACUGGCUGGGGCGGGGAGCCGGCCGGGUCACCGCGUGGGGAUGAUGGAGGCCGUGAGCCCACGGAAGCCGACCGAGCCGAGAGUCAGCCAGCUCAGCAUACAUGUUGUGACAUGGAACGUGGCCUCUGCAGCACCCCCUCUAGACCUCAGUGAUCUGCUGCAGCUGAACAACCAGAGCGUGAAUCUGGACAUGUAUAUCAUUGGUUUGCAGGAAAUGAACUCUGGGAUCAUGAGCUUCCUUUCUGACACUGCCUUUGAAGACCCAUGGAGCAGUUUCUUCAUGGAUGUGCUUUCCCCUCUGAGCUUCAUCAAGGUCUCCAGUGUCCGCAUGCAGGGGCUCCUCUUACUGGUCUUUGCCAAGCUUCAGCAUUUGCCCUUUAUCCAGAUUCUCUCUACUAAAUCCACCCCUACUGGCCUUUUUGGUUACUGGGGGAACAAAGGGGGUGUCGACAUCUGCCUGAAGCUUUACGGCUACUAUGUCAGCAUCAUCAACUGCCACCUGCCACCCCACAUGGACAACAAUGACCAGCGCCUGGAGCACUUUGACCGGAUCCUAGAGAUGCAGAAUUUUGAAGGACAUGAUAUCCCCAAUAUCCUGGACCAUGACCUCAUUCUCUGGUUUGGAGACAUGAACUUUCGGAUCGAGGACUUUGGGUUGCACUUUGUUCGGGAAUCCAUAAAAUAUCGAUACUACAGUGACCUGUGGGAGAAGGAUCAGCUCAGCAUUGCCAAGAGACACGACCCGCUGCUCCGGCAGUUCCAGGAGGGCCCCCUGCUCUUCCCGCCCACUUACAAGUUUGAUAAGAACUCCGACAACUAUGACACCAGUGAGAAAAAACGCAAGCCUGCAUGGACUGACCGCAUCCUGUGGAGGUUGAAGCAGCAGCCUCAGGCCAGUUCCCACACCCCCAGGCUGCCAGCCCCCCACUUCGCCCUGUCUCUGAGGAGCUACGUCAGCCACAUGAUGUACAGCAUCAGUGACCAUAAGCCUGUCACCAGCACCUUUGACUUGGAGCUGAAGCCAUUGGUAUCUGCCCCACUGAUCACCCUGAUGCCUGAGGGCCUGUGGACCAUGGAGAACAACAUGUUAAUCAGCUACUCCUUGACCCCAGAGUUCCUCAGGAGCGCCUGGGACUGGAUCGGACUGUAUAAGGUGGGGCUGCGCCACAUUAAUGACUACGUGUCCUAUGUCUGGGUCAGGGACAACCAGGUCUCCUUCAGUGACCAGCUGAACCAGGUGUACAUCGAUAUCAGUGAUAUGCCUGAGACUGAGGAUCAGUUUCUUCUCUGUUAUUAUAGCAACAAUCUACAUUCUGUGGUGGGGAUAAGCAAACCCUUCAAGAUCCAGCCUCGCUCCUUCUUGGGGGAGGAUCUACUGGAUGAAGCCCAACCACAGUUCUGAGCCGGGAUAAGUGAAUCCAGGGCGGAGGCCAGAGCUGGCAGCCAGCUCUGCCUACCACUGCCAGGAGCGCUGGGGACCCAGCCCAGCUCUCUGAGGACGGAGCAAGUAUCCUCCACCUCCCAGAGGGAGCUCUAGCACACUCCUUUGCUCUCUCCAGUCCAGAUCUUUGGAAUCGGCCACUUAAAUACAGGUUUUUGUUACUGAGA